GAUAAAUGUCAACAUGGCUGCGGUGGCUGCUGUCGCUGCUCGGCUAGUGUGCGGCUCACGGUGUUUUGACUGACAUUUGGACUUUUUAAGGGUCUAUUUUUUAUUGAAUUUUGGUCGAAAGCGUCUUCCAAAUAUGCCUUUUCAAUCUUGUCCCUUUCGGUGAUUUAUAAUCGAUAACUAUGGCAGAUAGUGAUGAAGAUAGAGAGGGGGGUUUAAGUGGACCUAGUUCCUUCUUAGUGGGAGCUUUGUUUGGGAAUAUUGAUGAAUCGGGAGAGCUAGAAGAUGGCAUUUUUAGCAGCGAAGAAAAACAACAUCUUGCCUCUCUUAGUCAACUUUGUCUUCAGUCUCAGCUCUCUGGGCUUCUAGAAGAUGGUAACAGUGUAUCUAAUAAAACAGAAGACUAUAACAAUAGUAGAAGAGGGCAAAGUGAUGCAGACUCUGACGAUAGUAACCAUAAAUCACCUCAAAGGCUCAAUUCAAGACGCAGAUCAUCUGCCCAAGAUAGUACUGACUACAAUAUCAAAUCACCUAGUGCCCAAGACUUUUCUGACAUGAAUGAAGUGGCUGAUGAAGAAAGUCUUACUGUUAAUGGUGACUCAAGUGAAAUAGCACCUCAAAUCAGCACAGAUAUUCCAAAUGUUUUAGGUGCUGACAGUGUAUGUGAAGCAGAAUUAAAUCAGGAUCAAGUUACAAACCAUGGAGAAUCAAGCAGUCAAGAUAGUCAGUUGUCUUCACCUAAUGAAAUUAAAGAAGACAUCAAACCAUCUACCCAAGAUUUGAAUCCAGUUAUUCAUUCGCCUGCACCACAAUCUAGCAAACAGCUUGAAUCAGUUGAAGCUUUAAAUGCUGAGCCUGUGAAAAGUUUGUCUCCCAAAUCUGAAACAGAUUUGGGUUCUUCAGUUCCGGAGCACCUCACCCAAACAAGCAAUGAAACGUCUAUGAUCCCACCUUCAACAUCCACUGCUACUGACUUCACAGAUGCUGAUAAUUUGAAACCUUUAUUAACUUCUCCCUCUCCUGUUCCUACAGAAACAGGUGACUCAGUUACAUUUGCACCCCUUCUCCCUGUAAAAAUUGAGUGUGAAUCUGUUAGCAGCAGCAAUAAUAUAUCUAGCCCCAUUCAAGAAAAUAGUGUACCCUGUCCAAACGAUACACCCCUGAUUCAUGAUGAGGCUAGUAAAGUGGAAGAUCGCACUGCUUUAGAUUAUGAUGCUGAUGAUGAAGGCACAGAAUUAAAACUUGCAGACAACGACCUCAUGCCCCCUCCUCCUGUGCCUGAUGGUAAAAAGUCAGAUGGGGAAGAAGAGAGUGAAGAAGCCAAAGCAAAGAAGCGUGAGACCCCUUUAGCUUCAAUGUUGCCUUCAAAGUAUGCUGGUAUAGAUGUAACCGAGAUAUUCCCUGACUUUCGAGUUGACAAGGUUUUACGAUUUUCUCGGUUAUUUGGUCCGGGAAAACCCAGCAGCUUACCUCAAAUAUGGAGAAGUGUCCGUAAGCGCCGACGUAAGAAAAAGCAUAGGCGGGAACUUGUAGAUCAUUCUGAUUCCGGGUCAGAUACAGAUCGACCUGGUGGCAAACCAGGUUGGGAAUUCAACUAUGGCCCUCCACCAGAAUCAAACCAAUGCAUGUCUGAUGAUGAGGAAAAGUUAUUAAAACCGGUGAAAGAUGAAUCACAGGAAGGAAAUCAGGAACAAGGCGAUAGCAAUGACAUGGGUCCUCGAGUAGCGGAUUGGCGAUUUGGUCCUGCUAAUUUUUGGUAUGAUAUGUUGGAUGUACCUGAAACUGGAGAAGGCUUUAAUUAUGGUUUUCGUCUCAUGGAGAAGAAUGAAAAGGAAGAAAAGAAGCAGGACACAUUUCCAGAUGAUUCAUUUCUCAUGGUUUCUCAGUUACACUGGGAGGAUGAUGUUGUAUGGAAUGGAGAUGACAUCAAACACAAAGUAAAUCAGAAGCUCAACUCAAAAUCUUUUGCCUUUUCUGGCUGGUUACCAAGUGGUGGGAAUCGCACUGCAGCACAGGCCUUCAGCCAGCCUGGAAAAGGUGUUUCACAGAUCAUGGGGGUAGGAGGACGUCUUGCCACUCCUCAACUUGGAGUGAAAUCUGGAAAGCCCGGGACCAGCAACAAAUUGGGUGCCCAAGGACCUGUCACUCCUCAAAGACAGGACGACCCUCAUGAUGAUACGUGGUAUUCAAUAUUUCCUGUUGAGAAUGAUGAGUUGGUUUAUGGAACUUGGGAGGAUGAGAUUAUUUGGGAUGCUGAAAAUAUGACCAAAAUUCCCAAACCAAAAAUUGUUACUCUUGAUCCUAAUGACGAGAACAUCAUCCUAGGCAUACCAGAAGAUGUAGAUCCUGCUCAACAGCGAACAAACUCAGCAACACCUGUGAAGGUUAAAAUUCCUCACCCACAUGUGAAAAAUUCCAAGAUUCUUUUAGGAAAGGCUGGAAUAAUCAAUGUGAUGGAGGAAGAUACUCCUGCUCCACCACCAAAGUCACCAGAUCGGGACCCAUUUAAUGUGUCCAAUGACAGCUAUUACAUGGCAAAAUCUUCAGAGUCAAUUGUUCGUUUGAAACCUGUUGGUGGAAAAUUAAUCCAACAUUCCAUACCUGUGAUUGAACUCCGAGUACCUUUUGUUCAAACUUUUAUGGGAGAAGUGAAGCUGAGAAAUUUCCACCGCCCUCCCAUGAAACGUUUUUCACGUGGACCGUUAGCUCAACCUAUCCGUCAUCCAGUUCACCCUUUAGCCAAGAUCAUCAAGAAAAAGGCAAAGCAAAGAGAGCAGGAACGGAUUGCAUCCGGUGGGGGUGAUGUAUUUUUCAUGCGCACACCUGAUGACCUCUCUGGUAAGGAUGGAGAAAUUGUUCUUGUUGAGUUUUGUGAAGAGCAUCCACCUCUCCUUAAUCAGGUUGGAAUGUGCACAAAGGUUAAAAAUUAUUACAAGAGGAAACCUGGGAAAGAUCAAGGACCACCCUCUUUUAGAUAUGGAGAAGUAGCUUAUGCUCACACUUCUCCUUUCCUUGGUGUGCUUUCUCAUGGACAAUCAAUUCAAGUUGUAGAGAACAACAUGUAUCGGGCACCAAUUUAUGAACACAAAGUCCCAGAAUCUGAUUUCCUAGUCAUUAGAACUCGUCAAUCUUAUUAUAUUCGUGAAACAGAAGCAUUGUUCACUGUUGGACAAGAAUGCCCUUUGUAUGAGGUCCCGGGACCAAACUCCAAAAGAGCCAACAAUUUCAUCCGAGAUUUUCUGCAGGUUUUCAUCUACAGAUUAUUUUGGAAGAGCAGAGACUCACCUCGUCGAAUUAGAAUGGAUGACAUAAAGAAGGCUUUUCCUUCACAUUCAGAGAGCAGCAUUCGAAAACGUUUAAAGUUGUGUGCUGAUUUUAAAAGAACUGGUAUUUACUUUUUAUUUGCAAAGUUUUUGAUGUUUUCUAUGAUGUACACAUCUAUUCUCUUUAGAUUUCUUAAAUUUCUUCUUAAAUUCCCCCUUUUUUUAUUUUCAGGUAUGGACUCCAAUUGGUGGGUAAUAAAACCAGAAUUUCGAUUGCCUACUGAGGAAGAAAUUAGAGCCAUGGUAUCUCCUGAACAAUGUUGCGCUUAUUUUAGUAUGAUAGCUGCUGAGCAACGUCUUAAGGAUGCUGGAUAUGGAGAAAAGUCCUUAUUUGUUCCCCAAGACGAUGAUGAUGAAGAAAUGCAACUGAAGAUGGAUGAUGAGAUAAAAGUUGCACCAUGGAAUACUACUCGUGCUUACAUUCAGGCUAUGAAGAAUAAGUGUUUACUGCAGUUAACAGGUCCUGCUGAUCCUACAGGUUGCGGGGAGGGUUUCUCAUAUGUACGAGUUCCCAAUAAGCCUACACAAAGUAAAGAAGAGCAAGAGUCACAACCUAAAAGAACAGUCACAGGCACUGAUGCAGAUUUGCGACGUCUGUCAUUAAAUAGUGCCAAAGCUAUUCUUAGAAAAUUUGGUGUUCCUGAAGAAGAGAUAAAGAAGCUGUCAAGAUGGGAGGUUAUUGAUGUGGUGAGAACAUUGUCAACUGAAAAAGCCAAAGCUGGGGAAGAGGGCAUGGAUAAAUUUUCUAGAGGAAAUAGAUUUUCUAUCGCUGAGCACCAAGAAAGGUACAAGGAAGAGUGUCAGAGAAUCUUUGAGCUUCAAAACAGAGUUCUUGCAUCCUGUGAGGUACUCUCCACUGAUGAAGGUGAGAGCUCAGAUGAAGACAGUUCUGAUGUUGAAGAAAUGGGAAAAAAUUUGGAAAACUUACUGUCUAAUAAGAAAACGUCAACCCAGUUAUCUCUGGAGCGUGAAGAGCAAGAACGUCAGGAGCUUCGUAAAAUGAUCAUGGAAUCAGAUAAUCAAGAUCCUCGAAAGGGAAAAGAUAAGAAAAAAGAGGAUGAAGAUAGCCAUUCCCUAUCCAAUUUUGGUUCUCAAGCUGGUAAGGUUCUUAAAAUAUAUCGUACAUUUCGUGAUGCCGAUGGGAAAGAAUACACAAGGGUAGAGAGUGUGCGUAAGAGUCCAGUAAUUGAUGCCUACAUCAAGAUAAGAACAACCAAAGAUGAAGCCUUCAUUAAGCAAUUUGCUACAUUGGAUGAUGCGCAGAAAGAAGAGAUGAAGAGAGAAAAGCGAAGAAUUCAAGAGCAACUUAGAAGAAUAAAGCGAAAUCAAGAAAGAGAGAGAUUACAAGCUGGUGGAGGAGAAUCUUCUCUUGGCUCAAUGGGACUAAACAGUAGUAAAGUGCUUACGCUCUCUCCACCUUCACCUCGCCGAAUAGGCAUUGACAUCGAGCGCGACCGCAGUAGAGAUUCAGAUCGAGAACGGGAACGUGAGAAGGAAAGAGAUCGUAGCCGUGAACGGGAUAGAGAUUAUCAUCCAGAUAUGGAUCGCAUCAGAGACAGGGCCAGGAACUGGGAUCGAGAUCGGGACAGAGAUCGAGAUCGAGAUCGUCACAAGCGGCUGAGUGACCACAUAUCACCAAAGAGAAAGAAACAGCCAAGGCUGAAACCAGACCUUAAAUUGAAAUGUGGUGCCUGUGGGCAGGUGGGGCACAUGCGCACUAAUAAAGCAUGUCCUCUAUAUUCCUCAUCUAAUCCUGGUGGAGGUUCUUCACUGAAUGUUGCACUAACAGAGGAACAAGAGGAAGAGUAUGAAAGGCAAUUCAGUGCAGACGACCAAGAUUUGGUUAAUGUUGAUGGUACUAAGUUAAAACUUAGUAGCAAACUUCUUAAGCAUGCUGAGGAAAUCAAGCGCCGCUCUCUGGUUCUGAAAGUGCCAAAAGAUGCUGUCAAUCGUAAGCGAAAACGUGCUGGUGGUGAACUUCAUUGUGACUAUUUGAAGAGUCACCACAAACCAACAAAUCGUGCUCGCACUGACCCAGUAGUUACACUUUCAACUAUUUUGGAAGAAGUGUUGAAUGAAAUGAGAGAUCUUCCUGACGUUCAACCAUUCCUGUUUCCUGUCAAUACUAAGUCUGUACCUGAUUAUCAUACAAUUGUUGCUCGCCCAAUUGAUUUGCAAACAAUUAGAGACAAUUUACGUGCAAAGAAAUACCAAAGUAGGGAAGAGUUUCUUGCAGAUGUCAAUCAAAUUGUUGAAAAUUCCAACCUUUACAAUGGUCCUAAGAGCUCACUGACAGUGGCUGCCCGGCGUAUGAUGACUUUGUGUGUGGAACGUAUUAGAGAUAAAGAGGAUAGACUGAUGAGGCUUGAAAAAGCUAUUAAUCCCCUUCUUGAUGACAAUGAUCAAGUUGCACUUACAUUUAUUUUGAAUAGUAUUCUUAAUGACAAAAUUAAGACCAUGUCAGAAUCAUGGCCAUUUUUGAAGCCUGUGAACAAGAAGCAGGUGAAAGACUAUUACAGUAAAAUUAAGCAUCCAAUGGAUCUGGAGCAAAUUGGUAAAAAAGUUGCUGCUCAUAAAUAUCAUAAUCGUCAAGAGUUCUUAAAAGAUAUUGAACAGAUUCUCCAAAAUUGUAUUACAUACAACGGAAAAGAGUCAGUUUAUACCAAGAAAGCUGAGGCUAUUUUCAAUACUGUGGUAUCACAGCUUAGUGAUUAUGGAGAUCAUCUAAAUCAAUUAGAAAGUAAUAUUAGCUUAGUACAGGAACGUGCUCUUGAGCAGGCAGAAAUUGAUUCCCUUGGAACAUGGCCUGGAGAGCAUGAUCAGGAAAAUGACCAAGAACAUGAGCAGCAAGAGGAGAACUAUACAAUUGAUCAUCAUAUAGCAGAGAGUCGAACAAGUUCUCCUGGCAUCAAGCAUGAACUUGAUGAUUUUGAAUAUGUUGAUGUCGAUGGUGAAGAAAGUGGAGCACCACGAGUCACAAAGAAAGAACUGUUAGAAGAAGAUCUUCAUUUCUCUUCCGAAGAAGAAGAAAUGGAGUAUGUGGAGCUUACAAAUGCAAAUCACAUAGACUCUCAUGUAGUCAAUGAGCUAGAUGAUGAUAGCCAGCAAGUAGCAGAGGCUAUGGUACAGCUGGGGAAUAUGGGUUAUUAUCCCCCCGAGCAUCCGGAUGGCGGUGUAGAAGGAGAUGGCAUGGAUUUUAAGAUUCACCAACUGACCCGUCAUGAGCAAGUUUUAGAUGAAGGUCUUGACUUGGAUCCAAAUUAUGACCCCUCUGAUUUCCUCAUGGACAGAAAUCCAAAUGAGAUUCAAGAUCAUGGGGAAAACUUGCACAUGGGUUUAAGAGAUACUGUUGUGAUUAACGAGCAGAUACCAAAUGAGAUACAUGAUGAUUUAGCUGUAAGCGAAUCAGAUGAAGAAAACCAUCAAGAAUCUCAUUUUAAUGUUGAUGCACGAAGAGAUGUUGAGGAAGCAGAGGAAGGGGAUUUGUGGUUUUAGUUUAUUGGAUGACUGCCUGAGUACAACUGUGUGCCCAAUGGGCAAGGUAAGAUUUUGACCUUUUACACCUUUUUGUUUUGCUAUAAAUGUAAUCAAUUGUUUUUGUGUUUUUUUGUGCUGACUAGUAGAUACUCUCUUAACACGUUCCCUGCGGUGUGACUACUAUGUUAAAUCAUAGGCCCAAAAAAUGAGCCCCAGGGAACGUGUUAACAUUAAAAUUGUUGGCAACAUUUCAAAGAAAUUUUGCAACAACUUGAUAUGAGAAAGAUGUAUGUGACUUCAUGUAUGAAAACUUCCUGCCUAAUUUUUGGGGUUACUGCUGUUUCUAUGAAUGAGUAUGAGUCAAAUUUGAAACAAUAUAUAUUUGUUUGUGCUGUGCUGUGAGGUUGAUGUUACCAGCUUUCUAUCCUAACAACAUCUGUUUCUUUUGUUUCCUCAAUAUUUUUCUUCUCUUUUUUAAAAACAAAAAACAAAAACAUCUUUUUAAGCAUCUCUCUCAAUCAAUUAAUGUGAUGUCUUAUUGUACUUGAAUAUUAUUUUGUUUGUAAUUGAAGAUUUUAAUGUGUGUAAAACACUCACAACUGGGUGUUAUUGUAAGUCAUAUUGUGUUCAUUAUUGUGGGGAGAUUUGGUCUUCAACCCUUGUGUAGGUAUAAAAUAUGUUAGAAGUGAGAAAAGGGGUUUACUGCCCUUCUCAUUAAAAUUAUAGUUAUUGAUGAUUUUGGUCGAUUGACUUAAAGUCAUUACCCUUGUGGUUUGUCUGUCAUUCUAGUUCUCUGCCAAUUUUCUUCCCACUGUAUCAUUGAUCAUACAUAUUUUUACACAUUUUCUUUGAUUUUAGUAAGUUUUUGAUCAAAUAUGUUAUAUUAUGUUAUAAUUUUCUUAUAGGAAAUAUUUUUUUCUUUUUCCCAAUCAAACCUUGUAUGUUUGUACUGUGACUUAGUCAUUGAAUAGCUGUGGUACUGGGAUCCAAGCAAUGUUGUCCCACUUGUACUGCAUUUAUUUUAUUGAGGUCACAUUUUAAAAUUUACGUCUUGUGUGUUUGUGAGUGAGAUAGAUGUUUAGGUGCUCUAGUAUCAAUGACUACUAUUCCUCUUAUCGCAUAUAAAUUAGCAUCCCUCACCUCAUGAUUUUAAAGGCAUUGUUUCAUAAAAACUUUUGUUAUGGUUGUUGUUUUCCCUCUGAGAAAAAAUUAGUGGCAGGACUAGAUAGUUUUUGUUAUUCUAAUUGCCUGUAUGUGAUUGGGUAUCAGGGGUUCUAGGCGGAUACCAUAUUUGGAUCCAAUUUGUUCAUCAUUUUAAAUGAUAGUCUGCUCUGCAUUGAAAAACUUAUCAAUCUGAAUCACGUGUGUAAAAGAUUUCUCAGAGGUUUUGUUAGUCUGAAGCUUGCUCUGGAAACCUGGUCAGGUUGAGCAUGUCAAGUUCAGACAAAGUUUUAAUUUAAUUUUGAUUUGUUUGGUUUGAAAUGACUGAGGUCUAGGUACUUAUAAAUUAUCUGUACCUAAAUCUGUAAUAUGCCCUUGUCAUGUCUAAAUAGCAUGAGAAGCCAUGAUGUGUGACUGAUAUUGUUUAUUACAAACAUUACCAAGUUGCCCUGGAAUCUUUAAAUCAAUUUACAGUGCAAUACCAUUUAAUUUUUCUUACCAUCGCUGAAAAGAAAUGUGUAAAAAGAUAUUGUAAAUAUAUUUAUUACUUAUCUGUUCAAAAAAAAAAUCACGGUUUAUAUUUUAUUUGUAAAUAAUUUCAAAUCUAAGAAGAGACGCAGUUUAAUGUGCUUGAAUUGGAAGUCAAAUAAAUUUUAACUUUUGUAUAAGGA